GGAUCGGAGAGUUCUUUUGCUAUAGCUAAGACAUGGCUACGAAACUGUUUAGAAACACAUCCAAAUUGCUCAUUACCCCGGCUCAACUUUGUUCCAACCCGGCUUAUUGAAAUCUUCUAUACACAAGGUCGGCUGCAGCUUCGACUUCGAGAGACUAAAGAUCAGGCAGUACCUUAUGUGGCGUUAAGUUAUUGUUGGGGCGGAGAUCAACUCGUUCAGACUACCUCCAAUACACUCCAGAGAUAUCUCGCGGGCAUCAGUUUUGAAGAACUUCCACCAACUAUAAGGGAUGCAGUAACAGUCACAGAAAAGCUCCAAGUUAUGAACCUCUGGAUAGACGCAUUCUGCGUCAUUCAAGAUGAUCUAGAAGAUAAGGCGCGGGAAAUUGCUCAAAUGCCUCUAGUAUAUGGUCAAUCGGUUUUUACCAUUGCAGCAAGUCGAGCCAGCGGUGUAGAAGCUGGAUUUCUACAAGACAGAGCAUCGAUAGAGUGUCAGACCCCCAGACCUGCACUAAUACAAUAUCAGUGCAGCACAGGCCAGAUAGGAUCAGUUCUUGUUUUUUUGGGCUAUUCUACAGAUUAUGAAAUUAUUGAACCAUUGGACUUCCGUGCUUGGGCAUUACAAGAACGAUUUCUGUCACGCCGCGUUCUCGACUACGGUGAGACUCAAACGCGAUGGGUAUGCCAGCACAGUGACGUUCGACAGGAGGCUGGUUCUACUGGAUUGAGCUUUACGGAUGGAUAUAAAGAGGAAGCCGUAAUCAAUGAAGUGAGAUUCGAUUGGGUUUUCCCAAAGGCUAAAGCUCUCCUAUCAAAUAAAUCUUUGGACAGUACCGAUCAGAGGAAUAUCAGAAAAGCUCUUGAUCUUUGGCGGCUUGUCGUCUCGGCCUAUACUGCUCGCACCCUCACUUUUGGGUUUGAUCGCCUCCCCGCAAUAUCUGGUAUUGCAGCACAAUUUGGAAAAGUCAUUGGAUCUGAGUAUAAAGCCGGAACGUGGGACCCAGAGACGAUGCCUACUGAAUUGCUUUGGGCCAACUAUUCAGGGAACCUCCAACCACGUCCUGUGAAGUACCAAGGCCCAUCAUGGUCCUGGGCCGCUAUCAAUUCCCCGAUC